GGGCCGCAGUCGCGCCUGGGCCGCCGCGGGCCCGCACCGAGCGAGCGCGGCGCACGGCGGUGGCCAGGGCCGCGAUGGCGGAGCGGCGGCGCGCGUGGAACACGGAGGACGACCUGCCCGUGUACCUGGCGCGGCCGGGCAGCGCGGCGCAGACCCCGCGGCAGAAGUACGGCGGCAUGUUCGCCGCGGUGGAGGGCGCCUACGAGAACAAGACCAUCGACUUCGACGCGUACAGCGUGGGCCGCCGCGGCUCGGCGCGCACGCCCCGCAGCGCCGGCCGGCUGGACGCCGUGGGCCUGCCGGCGCCCGGCGGCAGCGAGGACACGGCCAGCGACGUGAGCGAGCCCUCGGGCUCGGCCGUCAGCUCGCCCGGAGAGCGCGCGGAGCCGCCGCCGGCGCUGCGCAUCCGCUGCCCCGCGCCCCGCGACCUGCCGCUCGGCCGGGACAAUGGCCAGAGUGACCGGCUGCUCAUCAAAGGCGGGCGGAUUGUCAACGAUGACCAGUCCUUCUAUGCCGAUGUCUACCUGGAGGACGGCCUCAUCAAGCAAAUCGGGGAGAACCUCAUCGUCCCAGGCGGUGUAAAGACCAUCGAGGCCAAUGGGCGCAUGGUCCUCCCCGGUGGCAUCGAUGUCAACACGUCCCUGCAGAAGCCCUGGCAGGGCCUGGUGGCGGCCGACGACUUCUUCCAGGGCACGCGGGCCGCCCUGGUGGGCGGCACCACCAUGAUCAUUGACCAUGUUGUCCCGGAACCUGGGUCCAGCCUGCUGACCGCCUUUGAGAAGUGGCAUGAAGCUGCUGACACCAAGUCCUGCUGCGACUACUCGCUGCAUGUGGACAUCACGAGCUGGUACGAAGGUGUCCGGGAGGAGCUGGAGGUGCUGGUGCAGGACAAAGGCGUCAACUCCUUCCAAGUCUACAUGGCCUACAAGGAUCUGUACCAGAUGUCUGAUAGCCAGCUCUACGAAGCCUUCACCUUCCUGAAGGGGUUGGGAGCUGUCAUCUUGGUCCACGCAGAAAAUGGGGAUUUGAUAGCUCAGGAGCAGAAGCGGAUCUUAGAGAUGGGCAUUACAGGGCCUGAGGGCCAUGCUCUGAGCAGACCUGAGGAGCUGGAGGCCGAGGCCGUGUUCCGGGCCAUCACCAUCGCUGGCCGGAUCAAUUGUCCCGUGUACAUCACCAGGGUGAUGAGCAAGAGCGCGGCUGACAUCAUCACCUUGGCCCGAAAGAAAGGGCCCCUGGUGGUGGGCGAGCCCAUUGCAGCCAGCCUGGGCACGGACGGGACCCACUACUGGAGCAAGAACUGGGCCAAGGCCGCGGCCUUCGUCACCUCGCCACCCCUGAGUCCGGACCCCACCACACCCGACUACCUGACGUCUCUGCUGGCCUGUGGAGACCUGCAGGUCACGGGCAGCGGCCACUGUCCUUACAGCACCUCCCAGAAGGCUGUGGGCAAAGACAACUUCACCCUCAUCCCCGAGGGCGUCAACGGCAUAGAGGAGCGGAUGACGGUCGUGUGGGACAGGGCGGUGGCCACUGGAAGGAUGGACGAGAACCAGUUUGUGGCUGUGACCAGCAGCAACGCGGCCAAGAUCUUUAACUUGUACCCCAGAAAGGGGCGGAUUGCUGUGGGCUCGGACGCAGACGUGGUCAUCUGGGAUCCUGACAAGGUGAAGACUAUCACGGCCAAGAGCCACAAGUCGGCAGUGGAGUACAACAUCUUCGAGGGCAUGGAGUGCCACGGGGCCCCGCUGCUGGUCAUCAGCCAGGGCAAGAUUGUCUUUGAGGACGGCACCAUCAACGUGAGCAAGGGCACCGGCCGCUUCAUCCCGCGGAAGCCCUUCCCCGAACACCUUUACCAGCGUGUGCGCAUCCGCAGCAAGGUGUACGGGCUGCAGGGCGUGCCCAGGGGCAUGUAUGAUGGUCCCGUGUAUGAGGUGCCAGCCACCCCCAAGUACGCGACGCCCGCCCCGUCAGCCAAGUCCUCGCCUUCCAAACACCAGCCUCCACCCAUCAGGAACCUCCACCAGUCCAACUUCAGCCUAUCAGGUGCCCAGACAGAUGACAACAACCCCCGGCGCACCGGCCACCGCAUCGUGGCGCCCCCGGGGGGCCGCUCCAACAUCACCAGCCUCGGCUGAAGGGGCUGGGCAGCGGCAGGUGCUCAAGCAAAGGAUUCAGGGCGUGACAGCAUUGCGCCCCCUGCUGGUGUUGUGGACCCCCGUCUCGCUUGGGACUGGGGGGAAGAAAAUUGAAGGGUGUUCGUUCCUUGUUGGUUAGGAAGAAGUGGUACUAGUGUGGUGUUUGCCUGGAAUCCCCCACCCCUCCCCCACACCGA